CCUAGAAUAAUCCUUAAUCCUUAAUCAGUACGUUUACAGAUUUUUAGGUUAAAGAAUGCCAACAUGUGCGCGAAUCCGUUUGCAACAAGUCGUCUUCAGUCAACAAUACAAAUAAUAUCUUUCUGCUUUCUUUUUCUUUUCUCUGGUCUUGCUGCGGGGUUUUUGUAUGUGGGGGAAGGGAAAAGUCACACAGAAUGGAUAUUUCUAGCGGCGUCAUUUCUACAGAUAGCAUCAAGUACAAUAAUUCUUCUGGAACCGUUGGAUCCUCUACAAAAUCUUUCUAUCUGGAUAUUUCUUAAUAUCGUAGUGAUGGCUCUUCUAUGGAUAAUUUGGGUAGAAGCUUUUCUUCUGGCACUGAAAUUGGAAGGAAUUCUGAGCUUUGUUCUAGUUUUGGUUCUAACUUUUACUCUUCUCUUAGUUUUUACUAAAUAUACUAAUCUAAAAGAUACGAGAAGAAAGAAAUUGCUCGGAUAUAGUUUAUCAGCUGCCACAAUAGCUGACAUACGGCCCCACGAGGUUGAAAAUAUAACCGGUUCUGCAGAAAAUCCGCCAACUUAUUCAAGUGUUGUAAAUAAUCCUAAGUACACAACCCUACCAAGCUAUGCCGAAGCAAAAUCAUUAAGGUCUCAACCCAACAGUAUUUCCAAAUCAACCAAUGGCGACCAAGAAUAACCAAAACUUAAAAAUGUGAUUUUUAUGUUAAAACAAAAUUAUGUGAUCAACCUGAGGACUAAAACUGUUGAAUUAUAGAGAUAUAUAGAGUAAGAAUCUAUUCAAUUAAAGAUAUGGUUUUGUCCACAGGGGAAAGGAGAACCAGUUAAGAGAAUUAUGAAAAAAUACAAAUACAAAAAAAAACUGUAAAUGAAAACAAUGACGAUGUUAAAAAAAGUGGCAGCUAUGCAAAAAUCAAAGAUAUAGAAACCAGAAAAUCAAGAUCAAGAAACUAAACUUCGUUUUUGCCGCGAACUAAAAUUCUAUAAUCUCUAAUCUUUUCAACCUUGCAGACCUUAUACAGUUCAAACUUUAAAUUCUAUUAGAUUGAAUAAUUUAAGUUUAAAAUAUCAUAGAUUCAAAUCGCCAGCCUGCUAAGAUGGAAGGAUAAGGAAAUUUUAGUUUGUGACAGACAUAAUUUAUUUUAGUUUCUUUUUGAAACAAAUCUCAUAUCAGUCACCCCUCUCAGUUCAAUAAAUAUAUCCUAAUAACUCUGAGCUUUGAAUGUUUGUAAAUAUAUUAAUAAUUGUUAAAUAAAUAUAAAUUAACAUUUA